UCAAUUGAGUUCCUUUUGUGAUUUGUCAAAGAGUGGACGUACAAUAUUUAUUUAAGAAAAAAAGAAAAUUAAUUAUAAAAUUCAUUAUUAAUAAAUUACAACAAAUAAUUGUGUGCUCAUAAUAAUUAAAAACACCGCUAAGAAAUAAACAAAAAACGGAACCAAGUGAAACUUGUUGCAUAAAAUUUUAAAAUAAACUAAAUAUUUAUACCUAUAAAGGAUUAAGUAAAACAUGAGAACUUCUACUGUCGGCCGUUAUGCUUUGCGUUUGACUUUUGGACAGCCCUCCGCUCAAACAGCAACUAGCAGCAGUCUCACAACUUCUGCCAGUCCUGAUCGCGUCAUAACUCGUUCAGCUACCUGUUUGGCUUUGUUGGGUAUUGCUAUGUCCUCAUUCAGCCUUAAACAAAUGUUGGCCAGCAGCGCUAACUCCUCUUCCAGAGUGCCAUUUCGCAAAUUUUAAAUGUUAAAAUGAAUUGAAAGUGUUUUACUUCGCUUUCUAAAAAUUUUUUUAAAAUUUAAUUUAACAUUAAUUCGUUUUGAACGGGAAUGAAAGAAGCGUGUGGUGUGUUUAAGAAACCGAAAUUGUAAACGUUCUCAGCAAAUCCAAACACCCCUUAUUAAGGACUCCAGAAAGCACAACAAUGAACGUUUAUCACAAUAUACUAUAAUGAAAAAGGAAAGAAAUGAAAUUAACCAAUAAUUUGAUUAUGACGAAGCUGAAGCUCACCAGUAAAAAGGCCAAUAAUAUUAAAAUGAGAAACUAACAAAAAAAAAUUCGCAUCAACUCUAAAAUAAAAAGCAACCACGAUUAAGUUGAUUUUGUAAAAUUUAACUGUAAAUGUAUUGUACGGAAAGAAAACAAAAGAGAUGAGAGAAGGGAAUGAUGAUUCCAAUUUAUUAUUAUUUUUUCUUUAAAUCUAAAUAAGCAAUACUUUAUUAUUUUUUUCCAAAAAUUCUGUAAACACAUUAGACUUGGCUUUUAAUGCGUCCAAAGCUAAGAAUUAUUUUUUUUAUUUUAAGUCAUUAUAAAUCAUUUAUUCACCCAUAUAUAGUUUACUAUUAUUUUAGUUUGUAAUCUAAACUUAUACAUUUAAGUAGGGCUGCAUGUUUUUACAUUAACAAUUUCAUUAUUAUAUCUUCUUAGCUGAGUACAAAACAAGUCUGCUUGUUUUUUUGAUUUUUGGACUAACAUUUCUUUCUCUAUUUCUUUAUUGCUAUUCUCCAUCCACUAACAAAAUUUAGUUGUCUUUGUUGCAACAUAUUAGUAAAAUUAAAGAAAGACAAAAUUAUGUUGUUAGUAUAUUUUAUUUCAAAAUUUAUUCAUUUUAUUUGAUUUUUUUUUUUAUUUUAGUACAAUCUUUUUUUUAUUACAUUAUUAUAGUUUUUUGUUGUAUACAAAUUUUGUGCAUAUUAAUAAUGAAAAUUUCUUUUAAUAAAAGUAAUUUGAUUUUAACUGAAAAAAACAAUCAUCAGUUUUACUUUUUUUUCUUUAAAUAAAUAAUAAAUAUAUUCCCGAUUUUUUAUUAUAUUCGAACGUUUUAAAUGUUUUUUUCUUAAUAAACUAUAAAAAAGUGAUUUUAAAAUUUUAAAAAUAAAAUAUAUUUUAAAAUACUUACAAUUGAUUACAAUAUAUAAAUAAAUAUGAAUCUAAUCUGAAAUAAUUAAAAA